CAAAAGUCAUUUUUAUGUUCUAAUCUUUUCUCCUCUGAAACCUCCUCACCUAACAUGCCAAUCUCCAUUGAGCCACGUUUCCCCUUGGGGUCCUCCCCUUUGUCCACUUGGCAAGAAUCAUAUCCCAAUGCUGCAACUUCCUCAACUCAUCCCCUUGGUCAUUUUCCCACUACAAUCACGGCACCAUCCAAAACCACCUCCCUAUCAAGCCAAUCCAUCUCACCCUCAUGUUCCCCUUCUCUUUCUCAAACUCCACCCGACUCAACCGACUCACCCAUGACGAACUCACCGUCAUCGUCACCUACUACCUUACCAACCAAUUCUGCAAUACCCUCCCCUGCUCGUACAAGUAACUCCCCAUCUGAAUCCUCUUCCAAUGACUCACCACCCUCCAGUCCUGACAUCCAAAUAUCAGCCUUUACCUCAUCUUUUCCCUUUCACCCGAUACAACCACCCGCCCGAACCCAUCCCAUGGUCACUCAAUCUGAAAAUCAGAUUUUUAAACCAAAGCAACUCUACCUUGCCGAAAGCCCUUGUUCUGAAGUUGAGCCGACAUGUGUGAGUCAAGCUGUGAAAGAUCAUCAGUGGAGGUUGAAAAGAGGUAAAGAUGGACAAGUUGAACGUUAUAAAGUGAUGCUUGUGGCUAAAGGGUUCCAUCAACAACCGAGGACAAAUUACACUCAAACUUUUAGUCCAGUUAUAAAACCGACAACAAUACGAGCCAUUCUAUCCAUUGCCGUAAGUAGGGGUUGGAAAAUUCAUCAGUUAGAUAUCAACAAUGCAUUCCUUCAUGGCAAAGUUGAUGAACAAUUGUUUAUGCAACAACCAGCUGCGUUUAUUGAUCCUAAUCUUCCCCACCAUGUUUGUCGGCUACGAAAAUUCCUCUAUGGGCUUAAACAAGCCCCAAGAAUGUGGUUUCGAGAAUUGAAACAGUUUUUGCUUGCUCAUGGUCUCACUAAUUCAAGCAAUGCUACAGCUAUUGACCGUUUGAUAACUGCCAUGAGUUCCAAAUUUCCAAUGAAAAAUCUUGGCACCCAAUUGGGGGGUUUUGGCCUGAGGUUCACCGGAGGCGGGUUUUGGGGCCUUGUCGGCGGGUUUUGGGGCCUUGGCGGCAGUUGGUUUGGAAUUGUUUGGAUUCUUAAUCUUCUUCAUGAGCUUGGCAUCCCUCCGUCAACACCCCCUGUGCUUUACUGUGAUAACAUAGGGGCAGCUUAUCUCAGCAGCAAUCUAGUCAUGCAUUCGCGCAUGAAACACAUUGCUAUUGACUUGCACUUUGUUCGUGACUUAGUUGACCACAAAUUUCUUCGAGUUUCUCAUAUCUCUUCUAAAGAUCAGUUAGCUAAUGGACUUACCAAGCCAUUAUCCAGCACUCGCUUUACUUAUUUGAGAUCCAAGAUUGGAAUUGCAGACAGCUCCUCCAUCUUGCGGGGGCGUGUUAAGGAAAAGAUCUAAAGAGAUCUCCUCAAUCUCUUCAUGAGCAAGUCAAUCUUUGAUUUAGUGUAUAAUAUAUUAUGUUUCCUUUUGUAAUAGGGUUAUUAUUAGACUUCUACUUGUGCGCCUGUACAUAAGUGUUGCAUACACAUGAAUGAAAUUAAAUCAUUCCU